CGUAAAUACAUUGUUGACAUUUAAAUUUGUGCAUAAACAUAAAAUUAAUUGUCUAUAAUAUAUAAUUUUAUAAUGCAAAUUAGUUGUAAAGUGCCUGGCCUACAUUUUUGAUAUAAUCCAGAUGUAAUGACUGUAAACAGAAGACAAAUGGAUCCUUCACUGGAAAUUAGAAAACUCUCCCCAAGAUACAUACGGGAGUUGGCCCAGAUACUGGAAACUCAUGAAUUGUGGAAGAGACUAAUGUCAAUCAUACCAAAGACACUGGAAAAGUUUAAUUUCGUGUGUAAUGUUACCCUAGAUAAUCCCCACAAAUAUAAUUCGGAACAUUUUAAGUUAAUAGAGAAUGCUUCGGAAAAGUACAGGAGAGCUUGUACUGAAAUAUUGCUGGACGAAUGGGGUACAUCAGGCAGAGUCAGACCAGCUCUAGGUCAUUUGCUGUACCUCUUAACAAAAGCAAAAUUGUUUCGAGCUGCGGAUUACAUUGCUGUGGAUCUCCUAAAACAGGAGAAACCUCAAAGACCAAGCACUGGCCCAGAAGCUUUGAUCUCAAUAGUAUUACCUGAGCCUGCAAAACAGAAGGAUAAUCAUCUGGAAGAGGUUGAAAGAUCAUUGGAUCAAAUCGGUUACCUUGAUUCUGCGUUGAUGUUAAUUAGAACCAAUUCCGAGGAGGCGGCUAGACAUCAAAAUGUGCCUUCAGUGAUACCACAAAUAGUUAUAAGUCCCGAUAUCGAUGAAGACAAUCAUGAACCACAGUUCUCUGUGCCACUCGUCGUGCAAAGGGAAAGAAUCGAUUCAGACAUAAAUAAUGACUCUGAUAUGAUGAAAUUUUCGACAGGAUCUCAGUCAACAACCAGCCAAAAUUUGAACGAAACAAAAAAUAGGCCUGAAAUAUCACAAUUACUUAACGAAUCACCGGAACUGUCCAAUAUGAUAGAAUUUUCAUCAGAGACGGUGUCAAGUGGUAGCAUCAAUGAGAUUGAAUGUGAUAGACCUGAGAUUUCUCAGCUGCUUAAUGGGGUGUCAGAGUCAAACUUACCAAAUUUCGAUAUGAUGAAUGAAUCUCUCAAUGUGAGCAGUGGAGAAAGCUCAGAGAACACCUCUGAAGAAGUUCCUGCUUUUAGUGAACUGCUAACCAAAGAAUGCAAUUGUACUAGUUCAGAAGAGUUACCAGAAUUAAAUAUAGAAUCUUCAUAUGAGCCGAACAUUCCAAAUUUGAGUGCUUUGAACAAUAGUGUCCAACUCGAAACUUUGCCUAAUAUAUCUAUUUUGAAUGUGACUGGACAAAGUGGAAGUGUGCAUAUGGAAAACAGUGUCAAUUUCGUGCCUGACUUCGAUGCCUUACAGAAAAGUACAAAUAAUAUCUCCGAAGUGUCCUUACCAAACAUAUCAGCACUCGGACUCUCACUCACAUCACGCGCCUCGAGUCCAAGUAAAAGUAUUUCAGUGAAUAUUUCAACACACUUGUUACCGACUACUUUAAACAGUUCACAGAAUUCCUCCGACAAUUCAACAAAAUCACGGCCCUGCACAUCGCCUUUACCCAAUCUUUAUCUCAACACUCUUCUGCCACAUUUCACUUACGGUGAGCUGGAAAACGCUACAAACAACUUCAAUCCUGAACCUUACAGAAGUAUGCAGGAGAAUGGUCGGUUUUUAGGCUCUGGCGCUUUCGGCUCCGUUUUCCUAGCGCUUGGAUUGCUCGACAGACCUGUGGCCGUAAAAAAAUUGGUAUUGGAAGAUGUGCAGGUAGUUAACAUCGACGAUACUGUCACUAAGCAGUUCCGGAAUGAAGUUGAGGUUCUCAGCAAAUAUAAGCAUGAGAAUUUGUUGUCGUUGCUUGGCUAUUCUUGCGAUGGAUGUACAUAUUGCUUAAUGUAUGAAUAUAUAACAGGAGGAGCACUCAAAGACAGACUACAGGUAAUACAAGACAAGCUCCAGUGGAAAGAAAGAUUAAGCAUAGCCAUGGGCACCGCCAGAGCCGUCUCAUAUCUACACACGGCGUUUUCUACACCUUUGAUUCACAGGGACAUCAAAUCGGCAAACAUUCUUCUUGAUUCCAGGAACAACCCAAAGUUGGGCGAUUUUGGAUUAAUCAAAUUGUCGCCAAGUCAGAACACAAAUACGGCUACUACGGUGUUCGGUACGUCAGCCUACAUGGCUCCAGAAGCGUUUAGAGGCGAUGUUUCUGUGAAGCUGGAUACAUUCAGCUUUGGAGUGGUCUUGCUGGAGCUUCUAACUUCUCUGCCCCCCAUGGAUGAGACUAGAGACGGAAGUGAUUUGGUUACUCAUAUUGAGGAUAAAUGUGAAAACGACGACAUAAUACCUUUAUUAGACCAUGGUACUGGUUCGUGGCAAGAAGGUGGAAUUAAUUUUGCUGAUGAACUUUUUAAAAUAUCUCUCAAGUGCCUUGAAGAGAAGAAAAAACGACCAAAUAUGGUAGAAGUUACUGGAAUAUUGGAGGACCUUUUAAAUAAAUUAUCACUAUGAAUGUGCACUUUUCAAAAUUUUUCUCCUCCGAAUCUGUUCUUUGUUGCUUCGAUAUAUAUUUUAAUAUAAAUAUUUUAUAUUAUUACGUAUGUAAUUGCACCACCCA